ACUUCACUGUCUGCCGCGGACUCGACGCCGCUCGCUCCAGAUUCUCGACACGCUCUCCUACGACUCACCAUGAGGCAGCGAACUCAGAAGCUGCUGUGGACUGCGGCGCUCCUCUCGGCGCUACUGAGCGUGGCUUCGGCAGCGGACGCCCGCAGGAGCCGCUACCGGCCGCAGCCUGUGUCCGCCGAGGACGACGGCCCUCAGUACUACCAGCAACCGGUGGCGGCGGCGGCCACGCAGGUGGAGACGGAGCAGGCGGGCGUGGUGCUCGUCUCCAGCGACCCCUACAACGGGCUGUACGGCCGCCAGACCGAUCCCUCGGCCGCCGCCCAGCGCUACCGAGGCUCCGCCGGCAGCAGGGCGGCGCUGGCCGCCACGGGCGCGCCGCGCACCAAGGAGCCCAAGCAGCCGCCCGUGCAGACCAUCCGCAACUACUCCAAGGUGAACGAUGACGGAUCGUUCACGUUUGGCUACGAGGCGGCCGACGGCAGCUUCAAAGAGGAGACGCGUGGCACCGACUGCGUGGUGCGUGGCAAGUACGGCUACGUGGACCCGGACGGCAACAAGCGCGAGUUCACGUACGUGUCUGGAAACCCGUGCGACCCCAACAACCCGGAGGGGCGCGACCCCCAGCAGGCUGAGGAGGAAGACGACAGCGGCGAGGAGAACAUCCCCAAGGUUCCCAUCAGACCUCUGCGCCCCCUGCGUCCGACGGUGGCGACGCCGCCGCGCCCGCAGACGACGACCACGGUGUUCCAGAACGACUACCGCCAGGAGCAGCUGGGCCAGUCGGUGGAGGACGAGGUGGACGAUGAGCCGCAGCAGCUGUACACGGCCAGGCCCGCCCCCGCCUACUCCAUCCCCAGCACCAGCUCGCUGUACCACCAGUACGACAGCCAGCAGUACACCACGCCCGCUCCCCUAGCCUUCCGCCCGCAGCCGCAGCAGGCCGUCAGCAUCACGCCGCGCCCUCGCCCCGCCGUGGCGCCGUCGACGGUGCGCAGCCAGCUGCCGGCCACCACGUACCGACCGCAGCUGCUGGCCACGGCCACCCCCCGCCCGCAGACGACCACCACGCAGCUGUACACCCGCCCCCCGCCAGUCUUCCAGUCCAGCACCGCGUCGCCCUACUCGACCGCAGCUCACUCCCAGGCGCAGCUGUACGGCAGGACCACGUCGCUGUACCAGCCGUCCAGCACAGUGGCCGCCGCCACCGCCGACGUCGACUUCGACGACGAGCUGCGCAAGUUCCAGCUGGAGAACAACGUCGUCACGACGCCGCGCACCGUCAGCCCCGCCGCGCUGGCGCAGCGGGUGCAGCCCGUGCAGCACGCGCAGCUGGCCACCGCCAGGCCUCAGCAGGUGGUCCAGCAGGCACGCAAGGUUCCCCCUGCGGCGGCGGCGCCAGCGGCGAGCUCUGACCCGAUCUACUCGUCGGAGCUGGUGUACGACCCGGCGACUGGCCAGUACAACACGGUGCUGUACCAGACGCUGCCGCAGACGCAGGGCGGCGAGCUGAACCUGCGCGCCAGCAUCCAGCCGUACGUGGCUCCGCAGCAGUCACAGCAGCAGCACUACUUUCAGCAGCUGCUCCAGUCGCAGCAGCUGUACGCGCAGCAGCGGCAGCGCUCCCGCUACGAGGUGACGACGCCGCCGCCGGCUCCCGCGCCAGCUGCCGCGAGACAGCAGCAGUACCGCCAGGCGCAGGUACAGCAGGCGCCGCAGACCUACUACUACGUGGCAGCACCUGCUGGCCCGGCCGCCGCGGCGCCGACGGGCAGGGAGUCCCUCUCGCACGGUCAGAUAGAGGCCUUCCUCCGGGGGCACAACAUCGCCUUCUAAAAGACUGGCAGCGGUCGCAGUUUGGAGCUCCGUUCGCAAGGUGCCAGGGAUCCUGUCUGUCGAAAGUCUGGCUUCAGCGCCGAACGUCAGCUGGGAAAAGCAGCGCUACUUUGUGUAGAGAGCCUCCCUGUUUCUCAUUCCGACCUAGUCACUCCUCUGUAAUUUAGCUUUAAAUCUUCCAAAUACCCUGGCCAACCAUGACAGCGUCAACUAUCAACACUUUAAGAAACCGAUGUGGAUUCCAAACUGUCAGGUUAUUUGUUAACACAGUCUUAACACUCUAGUGGCCAGCUACAUUGCGCAAAAUUGGUAUAUUCUUUACAUCGUUCUUCUAAUUGGGUAAUUAAACCUAAUUAACGUGGUGCACACUGUAUUAUCGGCUAAUCGGUAAAACUGCAACGGAAAUUAUCACUGGACACACAUCCGAAUCUCCGUAUUACGGUCUAAUUAAAACUUGUUAAUUUACGUCUGCCAAGUGCCUUUGUAGAGUUGUCACAAAGCAUUUCAGUUCCAAGUCCCUUAAGGCUGAGUCGUAGUAAUUACCUCUGCCUGCAAAACUCACGGCUCACAUCGGAGCUCGGGGAUAUCGAAACAAGUUGUGGUUGUAGUGCAUUUCAACUGUUGUGCAAUUCUCGAAACCUACGCGUAAACUAAUAUUUUGUAGUAGCGCAUAGGCAAGAGAAGGUAGUUUGUGCGCGACCUUGAGUUCUCAGGUCCGUGAUGUAAAGCGUAGAUUAACAAUUAAUUUUAAUUAGACUAUACUAAAUUUGGAUGGCUCAUUCUUCAUAUCACCGGAGAGCAGUUCCGUGUGAAAUGCAAUGACUGUCGUCUCACUCGAAAAUAAAACACUGUUUGUUAAAAUAUGCCACUUGGAAAACAGUACGCUGCAAGUACUGCGAAAUGGCAUUUCGUCUCACAACAGAAAAAGCCCCCUAUCCAAAAUAGUUCAUUUCAAUGCAGUAGCUUUCGUAGGGUUGUUGGUGUUACUAACCGCAGAUUGUCAUUUACAUUUUUCCUUCACGACCAAACUGCAACAGGAGUGCGUUAGAGUACCUUCAGAUGAUAGCUUUAUGAAUUAAGGCAGAUGAAAGCUUUUCACGUGACCGUGAAAACAUUGCCUAAUAACGUAGCUGCGUGGGAGCAGCUUCAGAGAAUUAAUUUCUCUAUAUACUUCAGGUACAGGUCACAAAGGCUGUAACUUCCCUGUUUCGAUUUGCUACCAAGUCGUCAUUAAAUGACCUGUUUUCGAAGAGUCUGAGUGACGACUGCACCAGUCACCUUUAGAUGUUGUUCUCACGCCCUUUAAUUAGUAAAUUACUUCCCUAUUGUUGAAGUUCAUGGUUAUUGUAUUAAUCACACUGUCAAAUAAUGUAUGUUGCUGAGCAGGAAAAUCUGGCUGAAAUCUAGUGGAAUUUUUUUCUAACAGAUCAGUAGUGAGAGCUUUAUGUUUCGAAUUGAUGAAAUUUUUAGCUUGUCUUUAUGCAUAGAUUGCCGAACUAUGCUAAGAAUUUUCAAAGUUGUCAGGUUCUUAAAUCUAGAUUCAUUUGUAGUGGGACUUAAUUUCAUUUAUCUACGUGCUUUCACAUUUUCGUUUCUGGCUGCCUGUACUGAUUCACUGCUGUCUCUAAUACAACUCUAACAUAAUUAUGAGGAACGUUAUUUAAGAUACAUUGAUUAUUGAAUUCAAUUACGAGAACUGUUCUCAUUGCCGUCAGUUUACAUUUCUUGCAAGUUUUCACUGUUCCUCUGACUUAGUUAGGUAGCGAAAUAAAACGUUUAUCCAUAAUGAAUGUGGAAUACUGCGACUGUGAUGAAUAAUGGCCUUCAGAAAUGAUUGAUUUAUUCAUCACAGUUGCAGUUUCUACAUCCGGAAUGGAUAAAAGUUAGGUAUGUUUUCCGCCUCUCUUCCUUUCGUCACGGAUCAUAUGGUGAAUUGGUAUGUAAACUGUACCAGGUACGACUAUUGUGACCUGAAGCUGAAAUAUAUAUCUGAUAAGAAGGACAAGACGGUGACUGCGUUUCCCUAAGGGAGCAUCUCAGUCCAUAGCCUCUAUGCAGUUCUUCUGGGGCAUUAAAUGUUUCUGCGAAGGCACUUGUCUUCUUCGGGGCAAGCGUAGCGCCCGCGGCUACAGUCACCACUAACGGUAGCUAACAACCAGUCCACUGCACGCAAGUACCAUCAUCAAUUCGCGUGAUACCUGUUCGCUAUAGGCGGCUCGCGAGCGGAAAGUGUGUCCGCUUUCUAGCGGCUACAUCGCUGACCACCACGUGGGGGCUCGGCCGACCAGCCCACAGCCUUCUAGAGUCGCGUUCUGCCUGGGGCGCCAGGAAAGCCACAGAAGAAAGUGGCCGCGCGUUACGUCACACAGCGCGCCCGCGGUCGUGUAUUGUUCCGCUACUCCAGGCGAGUCCGCUUGUUUUGGUUUCACUCCGGUCGUCUACCCCAGAUCGCCCUCCGCUGGCACUAGUUGAAUCCACACGGUUCCUUAAUCCCUCACUAUCCCUCGGUUUCUUCGUGAAACACAAUGAAACAAAAUAUUUCAAGAAAACGGCCAGCCCCAUAACAUCAAAUAACCGUAACUCUUCUAGCAGAACUAACACACCUCAUUAUCUUUACUACCCAUACUCUUCCUCUAUAAAGCAAGGAUGUAAGCUCCCUCGUCUUUUCACUAUCCCCUGUCCACUAUUUAUUUAUUGAUUCCGCAUCCGCAGGCACCGAAGGUGAUUGAGAUAACAAAGUCUACCCUUUCCGCUCCCGCCAUUCUCUCCCUCUGUUGUAGCAGUAAUCGCCAAGGAGGAUUUCCGUAUUUCGUCUCGAACUGCGGGAAGUAGAGUAUUGAUAAGGGACAGUUUUCCUGUCUCACGUGGUAUUACUAUACCAAACAUACUGUAUCAAGUAUUUUACGAGUACCUUUUAUUGUAAAUAACUUUUACAUGCAUUGUUAAGAACUUAUUCAUUAUUUUAUUACUCACGUUGUAGUUGUAAUAGUUUUGCAUUUGUCAUAUUAAACGUAAUGUACAAAAUA